AUGUCGGAACGCGCAACCGCGGCGCUUCCAGCGUUGCCCACUGAGCUUCUGUUUAUCAUCGGGUCUUAUUUACGCGACGACGAGCUUGUAGGCAUCAGUGUGGCGUCAACUCGAUUCCGGCAGAUCUUCCUCCAUCGACGAUACGUGAUGAUCGAAUUCUCGGGCUCCGUGAAACACAUCGCUGGAUGUUUGAUACCUCUCUACUCAGAGGAUGCCGACAACAUCUCGGUAGAUAUGAAGAAACUGAUCCGGACCUUCACCAGAUUUGUCACCAUCAGAAUCCAUUAUCCUCCGCAUACAAAUAAUUUGCCUUUGCGAUUUGCAAGAAAUGACCUCGCCCAUUUCGGAAUUUUGCUUCGCUCAAUAGAUCGACUGUGCGGAGUGAACAUUUCUCUAAGCUUCCCACGCCCUCGGGACUGCAUUUCAUUCAACAAGGCUUUACGUAAUGCUGCUUAUUGGUCCUACGGUACUACCAAGCCCUUGUCUCUUACCUUCUUGGAUGAUCCUGCGGAUACGAAUUUCAAUGCCAUAUUCAGACGUUUUCUGCCCGCAGAUCUCGGAGCCGUUCAGCUGCCUGGAGGGCUCAACAGGAAGCAUUACACGAAGUUAAAAAGCUCUGUUAAUGCCUAUACUCUCAAGGCCUUGCACGUCGACAGAACAGUCAACAAUCAGCAGACCCGACACGUAGUCCCAAGCCUAGACCAUGACUUCCUUAGGGAAGUCAGAAAGGACUUUCCCCAGCUUGAAUCACUCAUCCUUCACGAAGAUACACCCGGCCUUACUAUCUACAGUGACUUAAGAUGCUGGCCGUUCGGAUUGGUCUGGUUUAACGAUAAAUCUGCCUUGGACCGAAAUAUCAGAAGAAUGGUUCGCCAACUUCAGCGGAUGCCUUGUCUCCGCCGCUUUGCUUUCACGCUAUGGUUUGCGAGACUUCACGGUCACCUCAUCCCACAUGAGUGGGAGGAUUAUGAAGGAACAUAUCGUCACAAGACCAUGGUCGAAAUGAACAAAUUCUAUAUCGAUAAGAUUGUGACGGUGAUCAUGACUCGAGUUCCCAAUCUUGUGGAGCUCUGUGUCUCGUCUAACCACCCAACCUUCUACAGAGGAACUAGACGCGAUGGUCAAAUCCAUGUUGAGCGAGAAUCCCGCCACAACCUCGGGGAGGAGAAACGCUUCCCCACCCUCUUACUGGACCUCAAAUAA